GUUCCUUUCUUUACGAUGCAAACUCUCCUUUGACCGUUUAUUAUGUAUUCGAGCUUGCUCUGGAAAAAUACUUUUUGAUCACAAGAAUGAGACACUUUCAAUAACAGUUCAGCCUCGAGAGGAAGACAAAUCUGCCCUAAAUGACGUGAGAUCCUUAUCAGGAGGUGAACGUUCCUUCUCAACAGUUUGCUUCAUUCUUUCUCUGUGGUCCAUUACUGAAUCUCCAUUCAGAUGCUUGGAUGAAUUUGAUGUCUGCAUGGACAUGGUUAACAGGAGAAUUGCAGUGGAUAUGAUUCUUAAGGUGGCUGACUCUCAGCAUCAUCGGCAGUUUAUUUUGCUCACCCCACAGAUCAUGAGGAUUAAGGGAAAAUACUGGGGGGAGGGGAGGAGCCACACAACGCGUACUUGGCAGAAGUCUGGAACACAAGUCCAGUGGGAUUGUCCUGGUCAGCCUCGACACUACAACAUCAUCAUGAGCCGCGUGUUUGGUUCGAGUCGAUUUCCUGAUGAACCUGGGGUAUCUCAGACCGUUUUACGCUACGACACG